UUUAGUCCAGUUGACAGCAGUCCGUUGCCCAUGCUCCGCACUGUCACCAGAUCGUUUCGUGCCAACACCAAAUAUUCAGCCCUCGAGAUAUCUCCCAAUUCUCCUACCCCUUUCUUUCUACCCGAGUUCAUGAUGGCCCCCGAAAGAGCAACCAAACGAGUACGAUGCAGCAUUCCCGCUGUACUCAUGCGCGCCGGAACAUCAAAAGGCCUGUUCAUACAUCGGCAUCAUCUACCAAACUCCGAAUCUGAAUGGGCUGGGCCAUUACUUGCCGCCAUGGGAUCUCAAGGCUCAGACGCAAGACAGAUAGAUGGUAUUGGAGGCGCGACUUCCACAACAUCCAAAGUCGCUGUGAUUUCACCUUCCUCCCGACCUGGCAUAGAUGUCGAUUAUACGUUUGUGCAAGUCGCAGUUGGUCAAGAAAAUGUAGACUUGAGCGGGAAUUGUGGCAAUAUGUGUUCAGGUGUAGGCCCAUUCGCACUUCAAGAAGGAUUAGUUCAUGCGAACCCCGGUGAUCGAUCGUUGGACGUUCGGAUAUUCAACACAAACACAUCACGUGUAGUCGUCGACACUGUCGAAGUUGACGACAAUGGCUCAUUCGAGGAAGACGGCGACUUUGCUAUUCCCGGAGUCAAAGGAACCGGUAGCGAAGUCAAAGUCGCUUUUGUUGAACCCGCAGGAAGCAUGACUGGCAAACUUUUCCCCACCGGAAAGCGAAGCGAAUCAAUUCUUGUUCAAGAAAGACACGAAAGUCCAUUUACCGUCAAGGCGACAUUGAUAGACGCUGCCAACCCUUUUAUCGUCGUCGACGAAAGUUCACUUCCUUCAUUUCUAAAGAAUUCCAACAAAGACACACCCGGAUAUCUCAAACACAUGGAGUCAAUCCGUCGUGCGGGAGCUGUUCUUAUGGGACUUGCGUCGAACACCGAGGAGGCUGGUAAAGUCCGAGGCACACCAAAACUCGCACUCGUAUCACCGCCUCAGUCCACCACUAAGGAUGCUCUGAGCAUACACGUCCUGGCUUUUAGCAUGGGAAAACCCCAUCCUAGCUUGCAACUGACGGGCGCCGCCUGUCUAGCAUCUGCAGUAUGCAUUCGUGGGACUGUUGCACAGCGAUUAGCUUCGGACCCGAAAGACCAAUCUACCUGGGAAAUCUUGACGCCAGAAAGAACUCCAAGUCCUCUGUCUGAAGUGAAUGAAGAUCAGGAAUCGCACUCACAGUUGAAGAAGCAAAACGUCAGCAUUUCGCAUUCCAGCGGUUCGAUUGAUGUCGAAGUAUCUACUUUGAGUUCGGGCGAUGAUGUAGUGGUGGAACGGUGUGCGGUGUCGAGAACUGCAAGGCGUUUGUUCGAGGGCACUGUGUAUUAUUACCAGAAGGCGAACUAG